CACGACCACAUAAGUGCUGGCUGGUACAUUAAUUUAUUAGUGCUACGCAGCAAAAAGUAAGCAUGGACAUUUCUCACCAUCUGCACUUCUAUCUUCUGGUCCUGGCCUAUUGCUUUGCCUGCACUGAAGGUCUUAACCGGAGAGAUUUUCCGGCCAGUUUUGUUUUUGGAGCAGGGUCAAGUGCUUAUCAGUAUGAAGGGGCGGCAUACCAGCAUGGCAAAGGGUCCAGCAUAUGGGAUACUUUCACUAGGAUGCAUCCAGAAAAAAUUUUGGGCAAUGCUACAGGGGACGUAGCCGAAGAUUUUUAUUAUCGUUUUAAGGAAGAUAUAGCUCUGAUGAAAGAAAUUGGUUUAGAUUCCUUCAGAUUUUCCAUCUCAUGGUCCAGAGUUCUACCUGAGGGAAAACUUAGUGGAGGAGUGAACCAAGAUGGUGUUGAAUUCUACAAUGAACUCAUUAAUGAGCUCCUACAUAAUGGAAUUCAACCUUUUGUAACUUUAUUCCAUUGGGAUGUUCCACAAGCACUAGAAGAUGAGUAUGGUGGAUUCUUGAGCACAAACAUCGUGGAUGAUUAUGGAGACUAUGCCAACUUGUGCUUCAAAGAAUUUGGCGACAGAGUGAAGAAGUGGGUGACUUUUAACGAGCCAAAUACAUUCAGUAGUGAAGGUUAUGCAACUGGGAACGUGGCGCCUGGUCGAUGUUCUAACUAUGAAGGGACCUGCACGGCCGGAAACUCAGCAACAGAACCCUAUGUGGUAGCCCAUCACAUUAUUCUUUCUCAUGCAACUGCUGUAAAUUUGUACAAGAACAAGUAUCAGGCUUCUCAAAUGGGAGAAAUUGGGAUUACAGUAUCAACUUUUUGGAUGGUGCCCAAGUACCAAACCGUUGCUAGCAGCAUGGCUGCAUCCAGAGCUCUUGAUUUUGCAUUUGGAUGGUUUGUUAAUCCAAUUACAUAUGGUGACUACCCCGAGUCCAUGAGAGCUUUGGUAGGAAAUCGACUGCCAAACUUCACUGAAGCACAAUCCAAUAUGGUAAAGGGGUCUCUUGAUUUCCUUGGGCUAAAUUACUACACUGCAAGAUAUGCAGAUGACUCUACAUCCUCCAGCAGCUUCAACUUAAGUUACACAACAGAUAGCCAUGUAGAUACCAGCACGGAGAAAGAUGGCAUUCCUAUUGGUGAACCAACACCUUCUGGCUGGCUUUACAUUUAUCCAAGGGGGAUUCGAGACUUUGUGCUAUAUGUUAAGAGAAACUUCGACAAUCCACCUAUUGUCAUUACUGAAAACGGACUCAGUGAUGUAAAUAACAACUCGUUGCCAAUUGAAGAUUUUCUCAAUGAUAGCUUGAGGUUAAAAUACCUCCACCUCCAUCUAUCAACUCUCUUAAAAGUUAUCAAGGAUGAUGGAGUUGAUGUUAGGGGAUACUAUGUGUGGUCAUUUCUUGAUGACUUCGAAUGGGAAUUUGGUUAUACAUAUCGGCUUGGCAUCAACUUCAUAGAUUACAAAAAUGGGUUGAGAAGAUUUAUGAAACACUCUGCUUUAUGGUUCCAAGAUUUCCUUCAAAAUGAAAGCCAGACCACAAGGCAGCCAUUGUUGUACUCUCAUUGAUGGAAAUGAAAGAGAAUGAUAUGUUGUGUGCUAAAAUAAUGGCUGUAAUUUGUUCUAUACUUUAAA